CAUUACGCUAACUGCUGGUCCCGAUUUAGCCCGUUCUGAAUCGGCUCACCCUUGGGCUCCUCUAUGGGUCCUGCUGGGUCCUGUGGGCUCAGGCGAGGCCUGGGAGGCCCGCCAGCCUCUCUGAGCCCAACCCCCGGCCUCCUUCAGAACGUCACCCUUCAGCCUCCCCGUGCCGGGAGCCUCUCCCUACUCUUCCUCCCUAGGGCUCCACGCACACCUUGGUCUCGGUCCCUAAUUACACUCCCGGUUACCGAUUUUAACUACCUGUGGGCAUGUGCGUGGGGCAGACGCACAGGGUGCAGAUGCACGCAGGGUGCAGACGCACGCACACGCACCUGGCAUGCUUCGCAAACCGCCCAGGCCGGGACUUGAACUGUGGUCGUCCACGUGGGACCCAGCUCCCUUGGACCGCCGGGCUCUGGGGCGGGCCCUACUCCCAGCUGCGUGACCUGCCGUGCCCUGAGGGCCGCGUCUCUGCAGCCUGUGCAGGCGACGUGCUGGACGCGGCGUCCCCGUGCUCCGUGGUGAACUACCUGAGGUGGGACCUGAACGCCCAGCAGAUCGAGGAACUCACCAAGGAGCUCAUCGAGCAGACCAAGCGCGUGUACGACCAGGUGGGCGCCCUGCCGUUCGAGGAGGUGUCCUACGAGAGCACCCUCCGGGCGCUGGCAGAUGUUGAGGUGACCUACACAGUGCAGAGGAACACCCUGGACUUCCCCCAGCACGUCUCCCCGUGCAAGGCCAUCCGCACGGCCAGCACCGAGGCCGACAAGAAGCUCUCGGAGUUCGACGUGGAGAUGAGCAUGAGGCAGGACGUGUACCAGCGCAUCGUCUGGCUCCAGGAGAAGGUCCCGAAGGCCACGCUGAGGCCCGAGGCGGCGCGGUACCUGGAGCGGAUGCUCAAGCUGGGCAGGAGGAACGGGCUGCACCUCCCCCAGGAGACCCAGGAGAAAAUCAAGAGCAUCAAGAAGAAGCUGAGCCUGCUGUGCAUCGACUUCAACAAGAACCUGAACGAGGACGCCACCUCCCUGCCCUUCACCCGCGACGAGCUCGGUAGGGCGCCUGAGCUCCAGGGCGUGGGCGCGGGCCAGCGCCCAGGCGUCUUGCUAGAGAACUGCAGCAUCCUCAAGGAGCUGGUGGCCCUGCGCGCCCAGAAGUCCAGCCUGCUGGGCUUCCCCACGCACGCCGACUUCGUGCUGGAGAUGAACAUGGCCCAGACCAGCCAGGCCGUGGCCACCUUCCUCGACGAGCUGGCCCAGAAGCUGAAGCCGCUGGGGGAGCAGGAGCGGGCCGUGAUCCUGGAGCUGAAGAAGGCCGAGUGCGCCAAGCGGGGCCUGGAGUUCGACGGGUGCAUCCACGCGUGGGACAUGCGCUACUACAUGAACCAGGUGGAGGAGACGCGCUACCGCGUGGACCAGAACCUGCUCAAGGAGUACUUCCCCAUACAGGCGGUCACCCGCGGGCUGCUGGGCAUCUAUCAGGAGCUGCUAGGGCUCAGCUUCGAGCUGGAGGACGGCGCGGCCGCCUGGCACGAGGACGUGCAGCUGUACACCGUGCGGGACACGGCCUCGGGGCAGGUGGUCGGCAAGUUCUACCUGGACCUCUACCCCAGGGAAGGCAAGUACGGGCACGCGGCCUGCUUCGGUCUGCAGCCAGGCUGCCUGCGGCGGGGCGGCAGCCGCCACGACGACCGGGUGGCCAACUUCACCAAGCCCACCCCGGACACGCCGUCGCUGCUGCAGCACGACGAGGUGGAGACCUACUUCCACGAGUUCGGGCACGUGAUGCACCAGCUCUGCUCCCAGGCCGAGUUCGCCAUGUUCAGCGGGACCCACGUGGAGCGGGACUUCGUGGAGGCGCGGUCACAGAUGCUGGAGAACUGGGUGUGGGAGAAGGAGCCGCUGCAGCGGAUGUCCCAGCACUACCGCACGGGCAGCGCCGUCCCGCAGGAGCUGCUGGAGAAGCUCAUCGAGUCCCGCCAGGCCAACACGGGCCUCUUCAACCUGCGCCAGAUUGUCCUGGCCAAGGUGGACCAGGCGCUGCACACGCAGACCGACGCAGACCCUGCUGAGGAGUACGCCCGGCUCUCCCAGGAGAUCCUCGGGGUUCCAGCCACGCCAGGGACCAACAUGCCUGCAACCUUCGGCCACCUGGCGGGAGGCUACGACGCUCAGUACUACGGCUACUUGUGGAGCGAGGUGUACUCCAUGGACAUGUUCCACACCCGCUUCAAGCAGGAGGGCGUGCUCAGCAGCAAGGUCGGCAUGGACUACAGACGCUGCAUCCUGGGACCGGGCGGCUCCGAGGACGCCCGCGCCAUGCUGAAGCUCUUCCUGGGCCGGGACCCCAAGCAGGACGCCUUCCUCCUGAGCAAAGGGCUGCAGGUGGAGGGCAGCGAGCCGCCCACCUGCUGACGGCACUGCCAGCGCCCGCCGGACACCCCUGCCCGGGCCCACGCCCGCCGCCUGGUGCCUUACCUCCCUCCUGGACUGGGUCAGAACGGAUCGGAUUGCGCGGCCUCGGCACCUGGCCAGGGUGGGGCUGGACUGGUGGGGAGCGUGGGGUCCACCCCUCCCGGUCCUGGUCCAGCUUCCAGACCCCCGCCUGGUCCCAGGGUGCCCGGCGCGCAUGCCCGCCCAGGGCCUCAGCUCUGUUGCACUAACACGUCCCUCCUGGGAGCCCUCGGCCCAUGAGGCGGCCCUGAAAUGGCCACUGCAGGAAGCAGGCCGCAAGGACAGGCCCGGCCUUGCCCUCAGGGUGGCCGGACGUGGCUGCAACCCCAGCCAGCCCUCUGGGCUGACCCGGGCCACAUCGGGCGUGUCCUCCUGAGCGUCCCUACUGCCGCACCUGGGUCCCCCGGGGGGGGGGUGGCUGAGCAGCGAGGGUGCCGGGACUUGGAGCCUCGAGGGGCCUCAGGUCUGCCCACCAGGCUGGGCAGCAGGGCACUCGCCGGGACAUUUCCCCUGGGAGAUUCUGGGCAGGGCCACCCGGGUGUGCACAGGCAGCCCAAGGGCACCGCCUCCCGAGCCCGUGCUGACCCGAGUCUACACCCCCCCCCGCCUGCGGCUGCACUUCCCCGGUCAGCCAGUCUGGAAGUCCCGCGGGCACACAGAAAUAAACCACUGGUCUGCUCUUGGCUCUCUGA